AUGAAUUUAGAAGAAUUACAAAUACAAAAAGCUGAAAUAUUCAAUUUGCUACAAGGAUUUAUUGAACUGCAUAGAAAGGCAUUAACAGAAGAAGAAUCCUCAUUACAUUUAGAUAAAUGCAGGAAGGAUAUUUUAAUAUGUUUUAAUGACCUAUGUACCCUUAAUAAUAUGAUGAUCACCCACGAUGGUGAAGUUCGAGAAAUGAUUAAAUUAUUGAAGGAAUCUAGACAGUACUUAAGUAGCUUAAUAAAAAGUGAAAAGAAAUUAGUAGAAAAAAUUUCAUCGUGGGAAAACGAUAAAAUUGAUAUAACAUCUUUCGAAAAUGUUAAUAAUUCUGAUCCAACGGCGAUAGAGGUUCCUUCAACUUACCGUGGAUAUUUAAACCAAUAUAUUAGCUUAGUUGGGGCUAAUAACACAACUCUAAGCUCUGCGACACCAACUUCAUCGUCUGAAAAAGACGAAUUAAUAGAUAAGGAUGAUUUAAACAACGAAAUAAUUGUAUCAGGAUUGAAUGAUAGCUCCUCCAAUGCACAGUCACACCAAUUACUAAGUUCCAUUACAUUACUUAACAAAGCUCAAGAAAAUGCUCAAAGCGAUAUAGCAUCAUUACAACAGCUAUUAGCCAAUUAUCAGAAAGAUUACGCCUUUAUUAAAAAGGAAUUAAGAAUACAGAGUUCGAAAAUUAGAAAUAAAACUGAUCAAUUGUACAAAAAAGUGGAGAAAAUCUAUAGAAAGAAGGUACAAAUUUUGGAAUCAAUAGGGUUUACAAUUCCACAAGAACAUUCAAAUUCAUUAACACAAAAACUUGUCAAUUUUACAACGGGUUCUUCAUCGAUAUCAAAUUUAUCUUUGGAAGAUAUGACGCAAUUGAAUACACAUAGUAUAGAAUUUAUCGACGUAAAACUGGAAUAUUUUCAAUCUCAACUUGUGGAAAAUAAAGAAAAUGCAAAAAUGUAUGUAGAUAACAGAGAUUCCUGGCUACAAUGUAUCGAGUAUGUAACUGCUCUUGAAAAUGAUUUACGAAGGAAACUACGGGAAGCGGAUUUGCAAGAUUCUGAGAGGAUUUCUAAGAUAAUUUCUACAAUUAGCAUCACUAUUGAAGAUCUCCAUAUAUUACUACGACAAAAUACAGACAAGCUCAUCCAAAAAUUAAUUAUUGAAGAAAAAUCCACCCUACAGAGAGCAUGCGAAGUAUUAUCCAAUGAAGAAUUACAAUUUUCAACUUCCUCUCCACUUAAACUAUCAUCAUCAGAAUCUAAAAGAAAUUCAAGCCCUCCAUUCCUACUAGUUAAUAAAUCACAAACAAUUGCAGGCUUGUCUGACCAGAACAUAUUUUCUUCAAAAAUUAAUGACGCUUUUGAGUUGGAUUCUUUUAAAUCAGCUGAAAAGAAUACAAAAAAUGAUUAA